AUGAUUACAUUCCAUUCCGCGCUACAAAUGCAGAUACCCUCGCACUGGUCAGAACCACAGCUUAAUUUGUUGGUUAUUGAAAUAGAGGAAAAUCAGGAACUAAUAAAUGAUGCUGAUGGAAAAUGCCUCGAUGCAAAGACUAUCAUAACAACCUUGUCGACCAGCGCAUUUGGAUUCACUAACAACGCCAUUAUCCCAGUUGUUAGUAUGUCAAUUAUCUUAACUGCCGAAUUGGAUACACUAGAUUCAAGUGUUAUAUUUACAGGGUAUCCAGUGAUUGGAAAUCAAAACCGCGUACAAUCAUCAGGGAGCUGCCUCGAUGGUCUUGAAGAUCUAGAGAUGACGGCCUGUCCAUGGGACCCAAGAGUGAAAGGUGAGUUCUUUCACCAAACAACAUUCAGCAUUAGCUUGUCGGUGGUGAAAAACUUCAUACAAGAUAUGCAGAACUUGGUUGCAUUAGACCCUAAAGCACUAUGUGGUCUAGAACUCUACAAUGGAAUCCUAAUGCGCUACGUCACGGCCUCAAGUUCUUACUUAGGCAAACAAGGAGAUGCAAUGGACUUCGAUAUCACAUAUUACAGAAGCAAAGACCCCAUGACUCCUAGGCUUUAUGAAGACGUAAUUGAAGAGAUUGAACAAAUGGCAUUGUUCAAAUACGGCGCAUUACCACACUGGGGAAAGAAUAGGAAUAUAGCAUUUGUUGGGUCAAUAAAGAAAUUUAAGAAAGCUGGAGAAUUUUUGAGAGUUAAAGGAAUUUAUGACCCCUUAGGGUUGUUUUCUAGUGAGUGGACAGACCAAGUGCUUGGGUUGAAGAAUGGGUUGAUCAUACUCAAAGAAGGGUGUGCACUUGAAGGGUUGUGUAUAUGCUUUGAGGACAUUCAUUGUGCUCCCAAAAAGGGUUACUAUUGUAGACCAGGAAAAGUGUAUAAGCAUGCAAGGGUUUGUAGCCGUAGUGCUCUCUGGAUGGGUGAUAUGGACGUCUGUAUGGACAUGAUCUGUUCGAACAAGGUUAGAAAGAGUGCGGUCACACCUUGUGAGAGUGAGUUCUCGGUGUUUGUACUCUUGAUUCGUGAUCUAUUGAAGCCUAACAACAAAGUGAACGUCCUAUGCAUAAUGAAUGAGUGCACUUCCAUAGUACUGGUUCAACCCAAUCGAUUGUCAAUCGAGCCACCUCUCGUUGGUGUUCAUAGUACUAUUGAUUGUUAA